UGCGCGGAGGGCGGUGCCGUGGGUCGGACCGCGUGAGUGGAGGGAGCGAGCGGACGGGCAGGGAGUCGGCGCGAAGGCGGCGGGCGAUUUCAUCAUGAGCAGCAACGAGUGCUUUAAAUGUGGACGAAUUGGGCAUUGGGCUCGCGAGUGUCCAAGUAGUGCAGGUGUGCGUGGUCGACCUCGUGGCCGGGGAAGAGGAAGCUUCACUGCUGCAAGAGAUAUCUGCUACCGUUGUGGUGAAUCGGGCCACCUUGCAAAGGAUUGUGAACUCCAGGAAGAUGCCUGCUACAACUGUGGUAAGGGUGGCCAUAUUGCCAAAGACUGCAAGGAGCCAAAGAAGGAGAGAGAACAAUGCUGCUACAACUGUGGCAGACCUGGACAUCUGGCCCGUGAUUGUGAUCAUGCUGAUGAGCAGAAAUGUUAUUCAUGUGGAGAAUUUGGGCAUAUUCAGAAGGACUGCACUAAAGUCAAGUGCUAUAGGUGUGGUGAAACUGGUCAUGUCGCUAUCAAUUGCAGCAAGGCCAGUGAAGUAAACUGCUACCGUUGUGGUGAAGCUGGACAUCUUGCACGGGAAUGCACGAUUGAGGCUACAGCUUAAACCUUGCAUUGUCGCCCCCUCCUUUUCUGAUUGAUGGUUGUAUUAUUUCCUCUGAAUCCUCUUCACUGGCCAAUGGUUGGCAGAUAGAGGCUAGUCCCAGGCCAGUGAGCUUUACUCAAAAAAAUGUGAAAGGAAAGGGGUUGAAAAAUGCAUUCUGCAUUUAACUACAAAUGUUUAUGUUUAGUUUGGUAGAGGUGUUAUGUAUAAUGCUUUGUAAAAGAACCCCCUUUCCAUGCCACUGGUGUAUAGGGAUUAAUGAGUGGGAAGAGAUGAGUCAGAUCAGAGGCCCUUUUUGGGUUCUGGAAGUGAUUCCGUGAGGAAAUCAAACCUGGAAGUUGCAUUGAAACUUCCGCAUGUGAUUUCUUGAAAUGUUGGCUUUGAAUUGUUUGACUUUGGGAGCAGUUCAUCAGACAAACCAACAUCUGUAUCGGGGCCCUACGUACAGUAAACAAAGUGGGAGUAAACAAAACUAAACGAGCAAACCUGUCCAUGGUUGGGAAAAGUACAGGUUUAAAGCAUAGGAGUAACCAGCUUACAGUAGCUGAAAUCGAAGUUGGUAUUUGAGAUACAGAUGUGCAAGCAGAGGUUUAAAAUUUUGAAUGUAGUUUAGCAUCUAUUAUACCCAUUAUGAAAUUACAACCGAAACACAUAGCAAAUAGGAUUGGAUCUACACAGCAGUUGAAUGAAUGUGUUUACACAGAAAUCAAGAUGUUAUUUUUGUAUAAUACAAUUAGACUACUGUAGAUAAUCAUUUGCUUGAAAUCGGGUUUUUUUAAGACAAGGUAAAAGCAACUGAAGUCUUAGAACUAUAGAAAUGUAAUUUUAAAUUUAAACUAUCAAUAAAGCUGGAGGAGGAAGGGGAAAGCUUGUCUGAGUGAUCUUUCUAAGAUUCAUUAGUUUACAUAAACUAAUUUGAUCACUGGUACAAUUAUUCUGAAGAUUUGAUAGAGGAAAACAAUGCAAAUGCAACGCAUCUGGAAGUGGCAUGUGUAUACACAGUACAUUAGUGGAGAGGUUGAAAAUAUUAACGGACAUUGAAUUUUUGUUUAGACCCAGACUUUUUUUAGAUCUAAAGAGUACUCUAGAUAUAGAGUUCUGGUUGGAGUUGGUGACCUUAUUUCUUGGCAACAGGUUUGUCUUUUGUCAAGUACCAACGUAUUUAAUGCCCUCUAAAGAAAUUGGGAGAUUUAGAAACAAGAUAACGCAUAUUGUUUUGACCAGAGGUGAUAGUUUUCCUUCCCAGAUGACCUUUUGACAAUGAGUUGCAAUAUUAAUCAAUUUAUAAUUGAAAAAAUCUAUUUGGGAUUUCAAAGUCAGCUAAUCCAAGAAGGAAACCAGUAUCAUCUGUACUGGCCAUGUCUCCAUCCCAGAAUGGAAAUUUGUAAAUGUAAUCCUGUAAUUCAGCUAUAUUUCCAAACUAAUUUGUGAUUGCCCAUUAUCAUUUAUUGUAAUAGUUGCUGCUGUUCUUGGAUUAGCUGACAAUGUUGUGGGUUUUUUAAAGAUUAUUUCCAGAUCAUCAAAAAUUACAUGGGGAAUUGAGUUGAUAGAAGAAAAGUAUGUGCUUAAGUUGGUUGAGCAUUUAAGUUGACAGAUCUGGCAGGGAGCAUUUUUUGAGUACUUUCGACAGCUGGGUUCAACUGGUAUCACUUGAGUUGUAGUUCUGCAAAGCUGUCAGUCAUCUGUUUUAUUUAUGAUUCAAGCAAAAGGCAGAUUGUUUUGAAAGUAGUGGCGUGCUUUUAGGGUGCUAUAUCUUGCAUUGUGGGGUCUUUAUAUACAAAAUUGCCAUAAUCGCUGUAAAUAGUCUUUAAGAACAUACUGACCAUUUAAAGACCAGCUUAUGCCAUGGUCGAAAAGCUUGUGUUUGGCCAGCUGUUUUUUGAAAUGAAUGUAGACUGGAAAUAGACCGCAAAUGAGCAGCUUUGAGCAUUAGUAACUGAGCUCAAGUCAUUUGAUCUCUGGAAUACAUGUACAACUAAUGGCUGCAGUACAAGUGGGUGAAAUCUAAGUACCACUGGUAUGGCAGUUUGUAGUACUAAAUCUACUUGCCUAGUGGCCUGUUCUUUCAAAAUUGGUGUGCGGAUAAAACACUGGGAUUAUUUAUUUUGAUAUUGUUUCUUCAGAACCUUCUGUUCUUGUAUGGAUGGCCUUUAUUUGGAGCAUAGUUGUUGCAGUUCCUCCUCUGGUCUGGACCCUGCUUAGGAAGCACUGCUGAAGUGAUUGGUUGUGGUGCUUGGUUGACAUUUGAGUUAGCAGUUUAAAUAAAGCAAGUCACUUGAAUACCUAGCUACUUCAGCCCAAAGCAAUGGUAUCAUUUUGACUUGUAAUUAAAUAUCUUGUUCACUGUUUGAGAGCCGAGUUCUUGGCCAAUUUUAGUAAUUGUUCAGAAUAAAAUGUACAGGCACAAUUGUAUUAAUUGGUUGAUUCUGAACAUUUCAUUAGGAACUGGCAUAGCGAAUUAACUCAUUGGAACGAUUUGAAAAUGGCAUCAUUCAUAGUGCCCUUAUUUCCCAUACAUGUAGAAGUUUAACGGAAAGGGUUUGUUGCAUUUGUAUUGCUUUCUGUAGCAGAGACUUGACAUGAGUCUUCAAUCAUUUCUCUGCUUGAAUGACAUUGAAUAUUUUCAUUGCAUACGGACAAGUUCUAGGACUAGUUCAUUCAAUUUUCCAUUCUGUGCUCUUGUUAGCUUCCCUUAACAUAGUUGACAAAACAGUAACAUUAAAAGGAUUUAUCACUGCAA